UUAACAAAAGAUAUAUACCUAGUAUGCAGUUAAAACGAAUCUUUAGACUAAUAUAGCUAACUAUUCAAAAUAGGCUGAUUACUGAAGAAGACAUCAAAAUUAACUUGAGAUAUUUUAUGUUAUUGCCGGGAGAGAAACUUACCGCAAUCUUCAAGAAUCCUGCCGGAUAAAAGGUGGAACACUUAGGCUUGCUUGUUUAAGAAAAUACCUCUGACGCACAUUGACACGAAGAGGUGCAAAGCCUCUUACUAAUCGGAGCUAGGUUCAAGAACGCUAUACAAACAAAGAGAAAACCAAUGAACUUUUGAAAGGACAGCGUUGAUCUAUACAUCAAUUAUUAUCGGAUACUUACAUAGCAAUGAGGAGCACAAAUGUCCGAUAUUAAUUUUGUUAUACUAUCAUCUUUGAAACAGAAUAUUUAUAAUUCAUCUUGUGUAUGCAUGUGUGCUUGUUAAGGUGUUCUAAAUUACUACUCGCCAUAGUCCAAAAUGUCGUUAAAUAUUACGGACCCGGCUAUUACAAAUUCGGUUAAAAUAAAUACGUCUACAACAAGCUCGUCUAUAACGGAGUUGGAUUUAGCGGAGUCGACUACUGCAAAAUUGGCUAUUACAAACUUGAGUAGUACAGACUCGGUCGUUACGAACGCCGCUAUCACAGAGUCGACAAUUAUGGCCUUGACUACAACGUACUCGUCUUUAAGUGACACAGAUAUUUCGACCACGGCUUUUACGGACUCGGCUUUUACGGAUUCACCUUUUACUGACUCGGGUUUUAUGGACUCGUAUGAUUCCAAUGCAUCUGAUUACAGUAAUUACUAUGGUGGUGAAUACGAUUACGGUGACAAGUAUAUGUACACUGGUUACAGUUUUGAAAGACCUUUUUACCUGUACAUCUUGGAGGUUAUAUCUAUUAUAACAUUUCUAGGAAAUCUCGUAGUUAUAUCUGUGCUGCUACGUAGAAAGAUGCGUAAUCCGACAAAUAUGGUCCUAACCACCAUUGCUGUUACCGAUUCGUUAACGGCACUUGUGGUGCUACCGACUUAUAUCAUGGUGUAUACAAGAUAUUACUCGUUAAGUGAUGAAGGUUAUGAGAAUGAUUAUGAUGAUACUAACUUUACAGAUGCAGACAAUGGUAAUUAUUACAGUGGAUAUCACAACGAUGGUGCAGUGGAUGGAUGUGAACUUACAGAAAAUCUUUGCAACGGUUUCAUGAUUUCGAAGUACUUCUUGUCAAAGUCGUUUCAUUCAAUGUCGAUUUUUCUUACACUGUUCCUUGGUAUUCAGCGAUAUAUUUCCAUUCGAUUUCCAUACAAAUCACAAAGCAUGCUAAAUUUACCAAGAACAAUCGUGUGCUGCGGAGCUAUCGUGUUCUUGUCACCAUUUUUGCACAUUUAUCAUCUGUUUGGUACAAGGGCGCUUGGUGGAAACUGCCAAUGGGAACUUUCGGAGGACGGAUGUGGCACAGGUUGUAUAUAUCUGUGGUUGGCAUUUUUCAUACGUCAUUUUACGCCGUGUAUGAUCCUCGUAGUGUUUACCGUACUUUUCAUCAGGCAGUUACACGCAGGGGAGAGAACUCUCCGCAGAAUGGAAAGCAGCCAAUCACAAAUUUCGAGACGAAAGGACGAAAAUAGGCGAAUUUCUCUCGUUGUUACGGCCGUGGUCGUAGUCUUCCUGAUACCGGAAAUACCAUACAGUAUAUUUCUUUUAUACAAUGCAUUUGACAAGGCAGUGAAUCAAGGAAAAGGUAUAGACUUAGAGGCAAAUCGUGCCAUAAACUUAGUCUAUGAACUCUUUUUAGUUCUCUCCUUCCAUGCCAAUAUAUACAUCUAUACUUUUUGUAACAGACGAUUCCGAAGAGCCCUUUUAAGGGUUUAUCUAAAUCCCGUCAGGAGAAUUCUGGGAACUACAGAGAUUUUGUCGCAGUCGUCAUCACUUUCCCAUAAACCUUCAAACAGGAAAACAGACACCGGAAGCGGCAUUACGCAGACUGAAAUGAAGCCGAUGGUUAAAUCAGUGCCUUCGAACUAACCCUUAAUCAGCUUGAACAAAAACUAUAAACCUUUUCCACCAGUAUAGAGCCAGGACAGCUUGCAUAUUCUUGCAGUGUGACAAACCUCUUUAUUUUGAUGGUUAUUUAUUUUGCUGUUAUUUGAUAUCAAAAUCCUGUAAGCUUUGAAUCGGUUUAUCCAUAGUUAAAGAAGAGCAAGUUCAUUACACACAUCCAGCAGGUGAAGCAUUUUGCAAGAAGAACUUACUAGUAAUCGAAUGUUCAAAUGAAACGGGAAAAUGACAAAUUUUAUGUUAGGACAUUGAUUGCUUCAAACAAAAUGAGCUGGUUUAAAGGACACUCGAUAUUCUAAGCAUCCAGUGGUCACUGGUUACACAAGGUUGCCCGUUCAACCAUCAUAUAUACUUUUAGUUAUUAAGAUGUUUUGAUGAGUUAUAUGGCCCUAUUAAAACAUAUAUUGCUAACAACCGUUUAUAUAUGGCCAUAUAACCUGUCAGGAAUAUUAAUGAUAUAGCAAAUCUCUUUUUUUAGAGAUCAAAGUGAGAUUUCUUCAUAAAUUGACAGCAACCAUGUAUAUAAAACUCUAUAAACAUCAAGACUAUCCAAUGAAAAGCGACGAUACAUCGUGCAGUAUUAUAAGUGUAUGUUAUUAUAUAAGCACGAAUAAAUAGCUCAUUCUUACACAGUUUUAUGUGAUAACCCUGUAUAUACCAAUAUAAAUGUAGUACAAGGCAUCAUGUUUAGCUCUCUGUUGUGACUCAUAGUUAUUCGUAUUAAAUACGAAUUAAUUAUCAUAAGACACAAUUGUAAUGUGUUCGAUAAUCUGAAUGACUUUUACAUGGAACACAUUUUUCAAACAUGUAAUAAGCAUGUUUGACGUUGGGCUUAUGAGUGAAAUUGGCAUAAAUGAAUACACUAAUUAUCUAUGCGUUAUAGUCUAGAUUUUGGUUUGUUAGAAUUACAAAUGUGCUUACGUAAUUUACAGGGUUUUGCAAUGUCCUUUUUUGAUAAAUGUACAUAUUAUGUUUACACAUCUCAAAUAUACCUGUAUAUCUUUG